CGCGCGCGCACACACACACACACACGCACAAAAACGCCUGACAGCUGCUCCUGCACAUCUGUGCUCUUGUUUCGAGAAGCUCAAAAUACUUCAUUCACUUUUUUUUCCCCUGUCGAACUGUCUUGAGGACAUAAUUCAAGGUUCGUUUAUAACGCGCGUCGUUUGUCCUGGAGCAAUACGCACGAGUCUGACGCAGAAGAGCAUUUAAAGGAGCGUUUCCACACCAGGCGAGGCCCCAUAUGGACUAAAAGCAACCAAAUUAAAGUGACACUCCGACUUUUACCCCAGGACUAAGCGGCCCACAGCACUGCACAAUGUCCAACACAACCGGCAGAGGGCAUGGGGGUCUUAAUCAACUAGGCGGCAUGUUUGUAAAUGGACGCCCGCUCCCGGAGGUCAUCCGGCAGCGCAUUGUGGACAUGGCUCACCAGGGCGUUCGGCCCUGCGACAUCUCCCGUCAGCUGCGGGUCAGCCAUGGCUGCGUCAGCAAGAUCCUGGGCAGAUACUAUGAGACAGGAAGCAUAAAACCUGGAGUGAUCGGUGGAUCGAAGCCGAAGGUGGCUACGCCGAAAGUGGUGGACAAGAUAGCAGAGUAUAAGCGGCAAAAUCCCACCAUGUUCGCCUGGGAGAUCAGAGACAGGCUCCUGGCUGAGGGAGUGUGUGACAGCGACACGGUGCCCAGCGUCAGCUCCAUAAACAGGAUCAUCCGGACCAAGGUGCAACAGCCGUUUAACGUGCCCUUGGAUAGCAAAAGCCUCAGUCCAGGUCACACACUAAUUCCAAGUUCAGCCGUCACCCCUCCCGAGUCGCCUCAGUCUGACUCUCUGGGUUCCACCUACUCCAUUAGCGGCCUGCUGGGUAUUCCACAGGCCAGCUCAGAAGGCAAGAGGAGUCAUGACGACAGUGACCAGGAGAGCUGUCGACACAGCGUGGACUCUCAGGGCAGUGGAGGUGGACCAAGGAAACAGCUGAGGCCUGAGCAUUUCUCAUCACAACACCUGGACUGUGGCUUCGAGCGACACCACUACACCUCCGACACGUUCGGUUCCGCCACCGCUGGCAAGACUGAGCAGUCGCUGUAUCCGCUCUCUCUCCUCAAUGGAAGUCUAGAAGAAGGCAAGAGCAGCCUCGCAACAUCCAGCGCCGCCAUUGGCCGAAACCUAGCAGCGCACCAGGGCUACACAGUCGUGACAGAUGCCCUACAGCCCCUACCCAUCUGCCUGAAACAGGAAAUGUCACCGGACGGGGCCAGCUCAAGCCCUUCUCCCAACAUUAUACCCAACUCUGCCUUCUUGGAAAUGGGUGGCAUUUCAACUCCGUCGCCAGCGUCUGUGGGUAACGGUGGCAGCAGCUCCAUGCAUUUCUCUCAUGCCUUCAACUCAUUUCCCCAUCAUGCACCAGUAUACAGCCAGUUCAGCAGCCAGUCUCUCAUCACAGGCCGAGACAUGGUGAGCUCCACCCUCCCCGGAUAUCCUCCACACAUUCCAUCAGCCGGACAGACGAGUUAUUCGUCCUCGGCCAUCACAGGAAUGGUAGCAGGAGCUGAUUACUCAGGCCAGACUUACACACACUCACCAUACACAUCCUACAGCGACGCAUGGAGAUUCACCAACUCCAGCAUACUAGGCUCUCCAUAUUACUACAGCUCCGCCUCCCGCACAGCUCCGCCCACCACCACCGCGUACGAUCACCUUUAGCAGCAGACGAUCGAAUACUGAGCAAGGAGCGAUAUACAUCCAAGUGCACACGGUUUAGUGAGGGUGAUUUCUUCCUCUUGCUGGGACGCUCCUGAGUAACCUAAAACACAACAGACGUGACGUAUUAUUUUGGCCCACUUUACAACCUGUGGACAAAUCCAGAAGAAAAAAAAAAAACAAAGAGAGGAAAUUUCAUUUUCAGCGAAAAGGAUGCGAAGGACACGAAAACCAGGCCAGCAUGGACAAAUGUUUUGGUUGAUUAUUUAUUCCCUUCAUUGACCGCCUUCGACCAAACGCACAAGUUUAGCCGUCUGUUUAAACAUGUCUUGCCCCAGGUUUUUGAACCAAAAUGCAUGGCGCAACAGCCACAGAUCUUACUGCAGUUUGCUUUCAGACCUUAACUGCGUUCAUGACCUGUGGUGCAUGAAGAACAAAUCCAGAGAGCCAGCUUUUUUUUCCUCCUCCUCCUUCUUCUUCUUCGUCUUCUUCAGGCUCCAUUCUUCUAUUUGUUCCUCUUUCUCUCCAUUUCCCUGGGUUUAUAUACCUUGUAGGAUUGCAGCAUUUGUAGCUGUUUUGAAGUUUCAUUUAUUUACUUUCCCAACGAACAACUUGAUCACCAUUUUCAGCUACAGCAGCAAAAUCAGCUGUCAAUUUAAAGACCAUUACCAAAUACCUGCUGGUUAUGUUGGUGGGAUAAUGUGUAAAUAAUGUAGAAAAGUAAAAAAAACCCUUAUUAAAAAAAAAAAUCCCUUUUAUGCUACAAAUAAUUAGGAGUGGAGUUUAUGGGGAUAAAUUAGUACAUUGUAAGAGAAGUUGUAAGAAAACGUUUUAUUUUCUCCCUCCCAUAUGUACUACAUUUGUUGUCAAAUGGUUUUGCUAAGAUCCGUGAUUAAAACUAUUCCUUUUUAUUGUACUGUGAAAGAUAUGAUUAAUCAAUUUCUACAGAAUUAUUUUUAAUGAAAUAAAGCAUGACAA